GAUAACAAUAGUUCUGUAGUUGCCCCAACAAUGAAUCCCUACGAUGAGAGUUUGAAGCAAAUGCUUAACCAUUUGUUGCUGGAGCGCCACUGCGAGUUGGAAAGCGAAUUGGUGGGCGAUAAGCUCAUCAUGUUGCUGCAGCAUCCAGGAUUGCGUGACAUAGCAGUGCGCACUUCAAGCGCUGCUAACUAUGCGGGACGCUCCUCGCCCUGUUACUUUGAUGUGGAGCGCACUUUUCAACAGCUGGGCAUACGCAUAAGCGAGCUGCAAGCUUUGCGCAGUGAGCGUCAAACGCACGCGCUGCAGUUUGCGCCCUUGGAGACGCAAGAUGAGAAUUUGCAUCAGACUCCGGACUUGGAUGUGAAUCAGCAGCGUGGCGCACGCAGUGGACGCCACAUACCCAAGUAUCUGCCGCCGUAUCCAAGUGUGCACACGUAUAAGCAAACGCGCAUGGAUCUGAUCACGGAUCGCGGCUAUGUGGCGGAGCGUGAGCGGCGUGCGCAGCAUCGCAGCAACACGCAGCGUGCGCUCAACAAAUUUUAUUUACGCACGCAGCCAACAGCGUCGCUGUUUAACUCAAAGUCAGAGCAAGGCGUUGUGCUGCAAGUGCAAACUGCUGGCAAGCCCGCUUAUCUGUCAGCGCUAAUGCCGCAAGAUGAAAUCUUUGAUGUGGACAUCUAUGAGUUUGUUGCUGAGCCACUCAGUGAAAAGGCGCAAGGAAAUUCUUUUCUACGCGAAGCUGUAACAUCGAAUGCAGAUAGACCAGAGCGACCGCCAGACUAUGAGCGUUUAUUUAAAGAGUUUUGUGCAGCUGAAGACCUGAGCUAUGUGCCUUGGGAACAACGUCUGGUGUCUUUCAAUUCCAAGCCGUGCAUGUGAAAUAAGAAAAUAAUUAAAUUUAUUUCAAUUACAUUUCAUUAAAUGCCAACACACGUUCGCUCACUCGC